UUGAGUGGUCAUUCUGUAUGAUCCAAAUGGCGAUCUCAACGAGACUGGGAAGGCGACUAUCCCUCCAGCAGAGGCAGCAGCGGUUUGGGUUUGGAGCCUUUAUCUUCAGAUUUUCGUCAAAGAGAGUAUUUCGUGCGAUUCUCAUAAGUCUCGCCUUCAUCGCUUUUGUCCCUCCCAUUUUCUUCUUCUUCAAGCUCAAACGCUUUCACCAGACGCAGUUAAGAAAGUGUGGCUGGCUAAAUGAGCCUCCUCUUGUGUGUGCGCAUGGGGGUGACUCAAGUAAGGCCUUCCCUAACACGAUGGCUGCAUAUCAUUUUGCUCUUCAUUCUCAAGUAGACUGCAUUGAGAUUGAUGUUUCUCGUUCUUUGGAUGGAGUUCUGCUUGCGCUCCAUGACAGGGAUUUGCAGCGGUUAACUGGAAACAAUGCUUCUAAGGUUGGGUACUUAAGUAUGAAAGAGAUAAAAGAUCUUGGUUCUGUGCAUCAAUCUGCAAGGAAGUUCCCAGAUGAAAAUGUUCCUACAAUUGAAGAGGCUUUGGAGGUAAUUUCAAGUUCAGUCCGGCAGGUGAUUCUAGAUAUAAAGGUCGGGCCUCCAUCAUGGGAAAAAGGGCUUGCAAGUGAUAUUCUUUCUGUUGUUAAGAGGAUGCAGUGUAAGAAUUGCCUAGUAUGGGCUAAAAGUGACAAUUUAGCAAGGGAUGUAAUCAAACUAUCAUCAGAUGUCACGGUCGGGUACAUUGUUAUGAUUGAUCCGUCUACCAGGGCGAGAACCAACUUACUGAGGAUGAAAGGUGCUGGCGUCGUUGGUGUAUACCACCCAUUGAUUGAUGAGACACUUGUGAGAAUUCUACAUGGGAGAAAGAAGAAAGUAUAUGCGUGGACUGUUGAUGAUAUGGAUUCCAUGCAAGAAAUGUUGUAUGAGCGUGUUGAUGCCAUUGUUACAAGCAACCCCACAAUGCUUCAAGGUCUAAUGCAAGAUAUCAGAACAGAGUGUCUGGAGCACGGUUUCUCAUUAUCAGAAUGAUAUCCAUUUAUUUCCAAGUAGACUUGUACUUUUCUGGAAAUCGGUAUUCCACAUUUUUUAAAAUCUGAAGAUAUCAGGUCACUAACAAAAAAUAAGGAAAGAAAUCUGAAGAUAUCACUGUACACAGCGAUUGUUAAGUAGUUGGUUCCUGCUCUCAAAGGUCCUGAGAUAAAUUUGAUGCUGAAAAAGAAGCAUAUGAUACAAUGAGUACUUUACGAUCGUUUUGGUAAAAGAUUAUUAUGGCCGAUAAGGAUAAGGCAUUGAUUUAAAUCGUGGUUGCCCAUUUUGACUGAAA